UCAGAGGCAGCAGAGAGGAGAGGAGAGACGGGACAUCUACUCAAGCGAGUACACCUACACGCACGCCGUCAUUCCAUGCGCCCUUCGUCCUGUACGCUCUCCCGUGUGUUCUCUUGUCGCGAUUCCCUGCUCAUUCUCCUGGCCAGUAGCACCAAAGGGACAGGGCUUUUAUGGCCGCCACGCUUUUAACGAUGAGCGCUGGGCUUGCACCCGGAGGACCAGAUGAGUUUUACACUCUCCUAAAGCCAUCGCUCUCGGACGGAUUCCCAGACGACUCGUCCCUGUUCUCCUUUGAUGGCAAGAAUAAUGACGUUGAUAGGACGACAUCAGGCGACUAUUCCCAGGCAAAGCUGGAGAUGGAUAAGUACCUGAGCCCCCAGCCCCACCACCACCACCACCACCACCACCAUGGCCUGCAGCCGGACGGCCGCCACAAGUCUCGGCGAGAGAGCUCAUCGGUGGUGGACCAGUUCUUCUGCGAUGACCAGGGGGCCCCCUACAGCAUCAACAUGAACGUCUACCUUCCCGACCUGGCGUACCUGCGCACCAGCCUGUGCCGACCCUCUUCCCGGCAGCCACACACCACCACCGCCACCAACACCUGUGGUGCCCAGACGGUGAAGACCGAGCCCAAUGCCAGCCCUUCCUCCUCCUCCUCUCCGUCCUCUUACGCCCAUCCAGACUGCCCGUCGUCGUCGGGUGGCAUGGGCCCCGUCUCCGCCAUGGCACCUCCAGCGCCCGCUCUGCCCGACUUCACCAGCGUGUUCAGUCCCGCAUCGGGCACUGGUGCGGACGCCUCGGUGGAGGACCCCACUUCGUCCUCCUCGUCCUCGGGCGUUUACAUCAAGCAGGAGAUGCCGUCGUUCGACCUGCCGCAGGACGGGCCGCUCUUCCAGCUGCUCACCUCCGACCUGGACAUGCCCAUGCCACACGGUCACCCGGGCAGCGGUCACCACGGAGACCACAUGUCCAACACGCACCCGCACAUGUUGCCCUCAUUUGACCUUCACAACAUGGCCGCCCCACACACCAGCGGUGGCCUAAAACCGUACUCCUGCACCAGUGUUGGUGUUAGUGGUGGUGGGGGUUUCGCCAUGCCCUACUCCCAGCAACCGCACGCCACAGCCUCCAUCCCCCACCACCAGCAGCAUCAUCACGGUAGCAGCAAGUCGCCGUACCUGCCCCCCUCGCCCCCCAGCUCCGAACCGGGCAGCCCCGACCGCCACAAGGAGCUGCUGCAGAACCUUUCGCCCCCGCCCUCCUACGCUGCCACCAUCGCCUCCAAGAUGGCCUCCCAGGGCCCCGCACCGCCUGCUCCACCCCACCACCCAGGCCAGGGGCACUCCCACGCACAGGCACAGUCCCAGGGGCAGGGGCAGGGGCAGACGGGUCGGGGCGGUGCUGCCUCCGCCACUGGAGGUGUGGCCAGCCAGGGCAUGCCCGUACGCUACAACCGCAGGAACAACCCCGACCUGGAGAAGAGACGCAUCCACCACUGCGACUUCCCAGGUUGUAAGAAGGUCUACACCAAGUCCUCUCAUCUGAAGGCUCAUCUUCGGACACACACGGGUGAGAAGCCAUAUCGGUGCACGUGGGAGGGCUGCGACUGGCGGUUUGCGCGCUCCGACGAGCUGACGCGUCACUUCCGCAAGCACACGGGGGCCAAGCCCUUUCAGUGUGCCGUUUGCAACCGCUCCUUCUCCCGAUCAGACCACCUGGCCCUGCACAUGAAGAGGCACCAGAACUAACACACACACACACAUGCACUGAGACACAUUCACACACAGGCACGCACACACACACGGUACUGCGUAUGAACAAAUCACAAGAAUACAUACACUGUAUACCCUACACAUGAAGACGCACCACAACUAAGACACACACGCACACACACACACACACACAUGCAUAAAACUCAGAGAUAUGAACACAUAGUAUGGUACUGCACACAAAGAGACUCCAGAACAAACAAACAAACGUGCACACACACACACACACAAACAGACACACCCCCCUGAUUUGAUACCUGAAGAGGCAGCAGAACAAUGAGGCAAGAUGACACUACGCAGACAGCAUGACACUAUGCAAAUACCUGAACACUAACAUAUCUGAAUAGUUAAGACACACACACACACACUCUCUCUCUCUCACACACACACACGCCGCAGGAUGUAUGUAUUUGGGUGCCGGUGCUCUCUGUAUCAUUCCUGAGGCGCCAUCUUUAAGAUGGAGGGCCCUCUAUUAGCCAUACAAGAGCUGAGACACUAGCCCAACCCACACAAACAUGGCCACACCCUCUUUACACAUAGGGCCCACACCACAUUGGUCAGUAGCGUCUGUCUGUCUAGGUACGAUCCAGUCAGAGAAGGUGUAGCUCUACAAGGUAAAACGUUCAAUCAUCGUCUUAAAAUCGUGGAAAAACCCACUAUGGCCAUCAAUCU